AUGCGUCAGGCGUCCUGCACACUACCAGCGCAGGCCCUGAAUCUAAGAGCCUUGAAAACGGGACGCAGACCCUCCGCGCUGCCCAGCCGCUGGCCGUGCGACUCCCGCCUCUCGCUGUCCACCUUGCUCCAGGGCGUGGAUUCCUUGGUCCUUGAAAGUGUGAUGUUCGCCAUCCUUGCGGAGCGGUCCCUGGGGCCCCAGCUCUACGGAGUCUUUCCAGAGGGCCGGCUGGAGCAGUACAUCCCAAGUCUGCCACUGAAAACGCGAGACCUUCGAGAGCCCAUGCUGUCAGCAGCCAUCGCCACGAAGAUGGCCCGGUUCCAUGGCAUGGAGAUGCCCUUCACCAAGGAGCCCCACUGGCUGUUUGGGACCAUGGAGCGGUACUUAAAGCAGAUCCUGGACCUGCCCCCCACUGGCCUCCCCCAGAUGAACCUGCUGGAGAUGUAUAGCCUGAAGGAUGAGAUGGGCAAGCUCAGGAAGUUGCUCGACUCUACCCCAUCACCAGUAGUGUUCUGCCACAACGAUAUCCAGGAAGGGAAUAUCUUGUUGCUCUCAGAGCCAGAAAAUGCCGACAGCAUCAUGUUGAUCGACUUUGAGUACAGCAGCUACAACUACAGGGGCUUUGACAUUGGGAACCAUUUUUGUGAGUGGGUUUAUGAUUAUACGCACGAGGAGUGGCCUUUCUACAAAGCACGGCCUGCAGACUACCCCACGCAGGGACAGCAGCUCCACUUUAUUCGCCAUUAUCUGGCAGAGGCAAAGAAAGGCGAGCUCGUCUCCCCAGAGGAGCAGAGGAAACUGGAAGAAGAUUUGCUGGUAGAGGUUAACCGAUAUGCUCUGGCAUCCCACUUCUUUUGGGGUCUCUGGUCCAUCCUCCAGGCAUCCAUGUCCACCAUAGAGUUCGGUUACUUGGAGUACGCCCAGUCUCGGUUCCAGUUGUACUUCCAGCAGAAGGGGCAGCUGACCAGCCUCCAACCCCCAUCCUGACUCUCCACCCCACAGCUGCUUGGAGUUCCCAGAGCCUCCCCUGCAGGACCUUGGGGGGGAGGGGCAAAGAGCAGGAGGCCCUGGGGACCCCCGAGCCUCCAGUGAGAUGGGCAAGGAGGGUGAUCUCUUCCCCAAGUUUGAGCAGGUCCCCAGGAGCGGGAACCCCUGGACUGUGUACCUUGAAACAAUAAACGAGCUUCUUCCUUCA